AAAUGGUGUUAAGAAACGAUGGCCCAGAGAGGCUCUCACCUCCCGCUUGGUGCAGUUCUAGAGGGAUGCAAAGCACUAAAGAUUAUGUUGAUAUACCAAGUGGAACAACUGGAUGGUUUGGCCCAAAUCCUCUCAAGAAAGACAACAUCAUCCCAGUAGACCAAACAAACCUGAAGAUCUUCUUGACGGGAGAGCCCCAGAUACUGGGGGUGGCUCAGAUCCUGAUUGGUGUGAUGAAAGUAUGCUUAUUUGCUAUAGGUCUGUGUUUUCAUUUAUCUGACUUUCACUACUGGUGUCUUCCUCUUAACAUGAUCUCAGGAUAUCCUGUCUGGGGAUCCUUAUUUUUCUUCUUAUCUGGUGCUAUGUCUAUUGCAGCGGGAAGAAAAAUGACACUGAACUUGAUCAAAGGCAGCCUGGGAAUGAACAUGCUCAGUGCCAUUACAGGAACGAUAGGGAUACUCAUGUUAAUAGCCGAACUGAAUAUUAUGCUUGAAACAGAGAAAAAGUGUCUUAUUCUUAGGACAUUUGAGAUUGUGAUAUUAGUCCUCUCCCUGCUGGAAGUCAGCAUUGCUAUCUCUCUCUCUGUAUUUGGGUGCAAGGUGACCUGCUUUGUCACCCAGGUAAGUGUUCAGGACCUGGUGGAGGGUUCAGAUUUGUCACGUUUUUGUUUCUCUCACUAUCUCUCUCUGCUCUCUGGACCAAAGAGAAGGAUAAGGAAGCAGAGUGAUGGAAAGAUAAUUAUGUACAUGAUCUUUCCUGAGAUUGAAGAAGACAGAAGAACACAUUGUUGGAGCUAUGGUAGAUGUUUCCAGGAACCUCGUAGGUCUUGCGGGAUAUCGAUCUUUAUCUAGUGAGGGGUGUAAGGCCCUGAAGGAAGGGACACUUAAUUCUCAGGUUCUAAGAUACAGAAAAGAGGUAGGGGUCACCAGGAUGAAUGCAAAUCUCUAGCUGAAAGAGGAUGUGAAAAUGAU